UAACCACAAGGGAAGAAACAAUGGUGGUGGUGUCUGAUAAUUCUCGCCAAUCUCUUCUUCCUAGCUUUCUCUAUUCCACCCCUUCCUCAGCCAAACGUCUUCUGGGUUUGGACUCCAAUCAUCAUGUGCUGCCGGCGAGAGGGAGUAGAUUUGUGAUAGCGUCGCCCAAGGAACGGAAGAUCGAGAUGUUCUCUCCGGCAUUUUACGCCGCGUGUACUGUGGGCGGGAUGUUGUGCUGCGGCAUUACUCACACCGCCGUCACGCCUAUGGAUGUUGUCAAGUGUAAUAUGCAGAUUGAUCCGGCAAAGUACAAGAGCACCACAUCCGGGUUUGGAGUACUGCUGAAGGAGCAAGGAGCUAAAGGGCUAUACAAGGGUUGGGCACCAACACUGUUGGGUUACAGUGCUCAAGGUGCUUUCAAAUAUGGUUUCUACGAGUUCUUCAAGAAGUACUAUUCCGACAUCGUCGGCCCUGAAUAUGCAUCCAAAUACAAAACCCUCAUAUAUCUCGCCGGCUCGGCAUCGGCCGAGUUGAUUGCCGAUGUGGCUCUUUGUCCCAUGGAAGCCGUCAAAGUCCGAGUGCAAACUCAACCCGGGUUCGCACGAGGUUUAUCUGAUGGAUUACCCAAGAUCGUGAAAGCCGAAGGCGUUGCCGGGUUGUACAAAGGAAUUGUUCCACUUUGGGGACGACAGAUUCCAUAUACAAUGAUGAAAUUUGCGUCGUUCGAAACGAUUGUUGAGUUAAUGUACAAGUAUUCCAUCCCAACACCCAAAGAGCAGUGCAGUACAUCUGUGCAACUUGGGGUGAGCUUUGUUGGUGGAUACAUUGCUGGUGUUUUAUGUGCUGUCGUAUCACAUCCUGCUGACAACCUUGUCUCCUUUCUUAACAAUGCCAAAGGCGCAACCGUUGGUGAUGCGGUGAAGAGGCUUGGAGUGUGGGGUCUUUUUACUCGUGGCCUACCCCUUCGUAUUCUGAUGAUCGGAACCCUUACCGGAACACAAUGGGGAAUCUACGAUUCGUUUAAAGUUUUCGUUGGCCUGCCAACCACCGGCGGUGCUGCUACUACUCCGGCCACAGAAAAGGCAUGAAGGAGAUACAGUUCAUUUCAAAGAAGAUGAUACCCUUUAGUAGU